UUUAAUUUAUUGAAAGAAUCAAUUACUUGUGAUCCCUUUGAUCUUCUGGAAUCUUAAUCUCUUCAUCGUAGCGUUUACUGACUUGGUGAAAUGGAGAUACUUGUAUAAUUGACAAAUGUUCUUGUCCUAAGUUUCUAACGGUGUUAGAAGAAGUGUUUCAAAAACUUCUGGUGAAAUUAAAUCGUAUUUAUAUAAACUGGGAAUUGACUUUGUCAAGAAAGAAUGCCAUCAAAACGAAAAGCAACUGGUCGCAAAAAUAAUUCACUGGACUUAAAGAAGCAUGAAAAACUUCAGGCUUUUCUAAAGGAUUUUGACAUUGAAGUUGAACGGCGGAAAAGAGAGAUGGAGAAAGCUUUGAACAAUAUGCUCAUUACAGUAGAAGCACAUUACAGUCGUGCAAUUAUGAAACUUCCACAGUCUGUGAGACAAAUGAACUAUUUGGAAUACCUCGCUAUGGGUGGAAGUGCAGAGGCAGUGGCUGCAGCUGAACAAAAACGUAUUAAUGCUGCCUAUUUAGAAGUUGAAGCCAUUGAAUCGGAGAUCUUGAAAGAUGCUGCACAAAUGAAGACUACAAGAAAACGUAAACAAAAAGCAAAGCAUGCCAAUGACACAGUUGUAAACGAGAGUGAAAAUGUUUCUCCAGCAGCCAAAAUGUUACGAAAAGCUAAGCACGGCGUUACCUUCUCAGCUAAAAGUAGACCUCCGUGUACGGCAAAUGGUCGGACUAGAAGGACAAGUCGGACCAAAGGACUCAGCUCUACAAAUACUGCUGAUAUUUGGGGACCCACGCCACUGAUAACACCCAAGUUUAAUCCACGACUGCCAAAGACAGCAACUCGUGUGCGGAAAUUAGGGGAGCGUGUAUUUAGUUUCACAGGAAGCCCACUUGCUGAUUCCGCAGAAAUGAUCAUCAGUGUGCCAACUGGGGAUGGACAGAGCAAGCAAUUUAUAGCCAGUAAAAUUACCAGCACAGACUUAAGUCAACUGGAUGACCACACGCUUAAAUCUUUUGAACAACUAUCACAUCAACUCAAUGAAGUGAUGAAGAUGAGAAAGUGAAAACAAAGAUGACAAAAUAUUCAUGUGACUUGUUUGAAAUUUGACAUAUGGUUUGUAGUGAAUAAACAUUUAUUAAUAAACAUUAUGGAUUUUACCCUUGGAGGGAAUAGCUCAUUGCU